AUGGAAAAGGUUACACCUCAGUUAAUCGCAUACAUCGCCUGUCAGGUACAAUUCACACUGUCAUCUAUUACCUCAUGGUGGUUGGUCAAUGGUGAUUUCGACUACAUACAAUUCUGGAAGACCAUCGUGGACUUCUUCGAAAGGCCCCCUGGUCAAGACGCACAGCACAGGGUCAACAGACUUCUCGAAUGGUGGACUAGGAAGGGUUUUGGAAGGAACCGCUGUCAGGACCUUACUGAUGAGGCAAGGGUUAACAUGUCCAUGAAUGCUCUCGCAAGGCAGAGGGCACGAAUUGAUGAUGUGGCCUUCGACUUGAACUAA